AUGGAUCACUUUCCGACAAACUGGGGCAGGCCGAGGAAUGACGCAUUUGAUGCGUACAACACCUAUCCGCUGCAUGUGCGCCCGAACAACGACGUGCGCGAUGCGUUCAACGAGGGUGUGCAACACACACAACAGCCGAUCGUGACUGGUACGAGCGUACUCGCGUUCAAGUACAAGGACGGCAUCAUGAUGGCGGCCGAUUGCUUGGCCUCAUACGGUUCCCUCGCCCGCUUCAAGGAUAUCCAGCGUCUUCACGAAGUCGGGAAAUAUACUGUGAUUGGCGCCGGUGGCGACAUGUCCGACUUCCAGUACCUGCAAGACAUCCUGAAUGAGCUAUUGAUCUCGGAGGACGUCACCACAUCCGAUGGACACACGCUCGGCCCGCAGGAGAUCCACGAAUAUUUGUCGCGUUUGAUGUACGGAAGGAGGAGCAAGAUGAACCCGUUGUGGAACAGUCUGCUCGUCGGUGGUUUCAAGGACGGCAAAAGCUUCUUGGCCUACGUCGACCUUCUCGGGACGACCUACAGCUCGUCUACUCUCGCGACGGGCUAUGGCGCGUACAUCGCCCAACCACUUCUUCGUAAGGCGGUGGAGGGCAACGAGACAACACUCACGGAGGAGGAAGCGCGCAAGAUUAUGACCGAUUGCUUGCGAGUACUGUUCUACCGUGACGCUCGCAGUCUGAACAAGUAUCAAAUCGCAACGAUUACGGCUGAGGGCCCCAACAUCUCGCCGAGCCAGGAACUAGAGACGUCUUGGGGGUUCGCGGAGGGUAUUCGUGGCUACGGCGCACAGACACAAUGA